UCUUUGGCUUAAAGUUAAAACUCUUGACGAGGUGAUGUCAAUCGUUCAGAGGCCAGCACCAGCAAGUGCCAAGAGUCCUCCAGCAUCUUCCAAUGAUUCAUUGCCCCGCGACUCCACGGCUCCUCCUCAGGUGACCCCUGGGCCUUUCACUGUCCAGCGCUACUACUGCAGUUAUUGCAACCGGGCCUUUGCCCAGGUCUGGGAACUGGAACAGCACACCCAGACCAUUGACCAUAGGUCAAAGGUCAACUCAGACAAGGAGAGGCAGUGGAAGUAUCGCAGUCCACCGUGGGGCGUUGUCAACGGAGAGUACAAAGAAUGCGAACACCACAAGAGAAAGCAGUGUUACUUCACAAACUCCCCGCCAGACAAGAACACCUGCAACUUUGCACACAGCUCAGAGGAACUGGAGGAAUGGCGAGAGCGCCACGAGUACCGCAUAAUGAAGAUGAAGAAGGCCAAGGAGCAGAAGCUGUACGCCUUCAUGGACGAAGUCCUGGAGAAGUACAAUUUCUCCACCAAUGAAAUGAGUGUGAUUACUGAGGAGUUGCCAGGGAUACACAUCAAAUGCCAUGAGGAGCUUAACAAGUUUCUCCACAUUGAACGGAAAGAGGACACCACCUUUACCUUCAGCUGGAAGUUCCUCAUCAAAUCCAAGAAGCAGCAAUCCCUGAAGCGGGUUGGCCUCCUGUACGACGAACACCGCCUCCACUUUUAUUUGUCCAGCCCAAAGGGCGAGGACAAACCUCAGGUGUGCCCAGGCACCCGCAUCAGUGAAGGAGAUGGGGAGACCUACCACAUUGAUGUCCUCUUCCACUCCAGGAUGCUGGGUAGUUUCAGCCAGUGGGUCCUCUUUGACUUCGGGAGUGAACCUGUUCUCGUCCGUAAGCUGGAGAUACACGUAGGCUCACAGGAGCACUUCGAGACCUUCCAGAAGAUCCAACGCAAGAAGCAGAUCCAGACCUGGGACAGCAUCAACAGCGAGAUCGUCAAGUUCCCUGAUGCGAUGACCCAGGCGUUUGAGGAGAAACUCCUGGCCACUUACAAGCCUCCCGCGGCCUCCCUCAGCAUCGAUGACAUCGAGCUGAAGAGAAUUGACCGAGACACCUACAAACUCCACAUGCACAAGAUGCUGCACUUGGAGGAGAGAGAGCAAACCAAGCGUAUCGCCAGGUUUUCAAUUGAGACAACCCUGAAUGCAGCAGCAAACAUUAAAGUGGCUGGCCAGGGCCUCCUGAAUGCAUUGAAUGGUGAGAUGUACGCAAGUAUCAGUCUGAAACAAGCCCUCAUGGAUGACUCUGAAGCCAGCCAGAUCAUCAUGAGGAGCGUUCACAAAAUGCUGCUUAAGUUUGAUAAGACAAACAAGGUGUAUGAAGCCAUCAUUUUACGAGAUCAGGACUACGGGAGUCAGAACAACGACAGCAUCAACCUGCAACUCAGUCAGGCUUGUGCAAGUGAACAAAAUCUGGCCCACGGUACCACGCGGACUGUUCAGGUUCAGUUCCAGUUGAACAGGCUUCCGUUCUGCUACCAACACUUUGCUGUGGACUCCUUGCACAACAUGGACAUGGUGUUCCCAUCACCAAAGAAACUUCAAAGGUUUCCCUAUAUUGAUGCUGAUAAUCUUCAGGAGACAAACUUCCGUCAAGAGCGUGCUGCAAGUUUCAUCUGCCAGCAUGGUGGAAGCGACGCCCUGCCUAUGCACGGAGUGGGACCACUCUUGGUGUUUGGACCCUUUGGAACUGGGAAAACCUACACCCUGGCAACAGCAGUCAAGCGUACUGUGACAAGGCGUCCCUUGUGCAGGAUCCUGAUAUGCACCAGGUCCAACAGUGCAGCAGACUGGUACAUCACCGAGCAUCUGCACAAAUUUGUGGAGCAGACAUGGAGCAAGUACCACAUUCGAAUGAUCCGCAUCUAUACCAACUACCGCAAGUUAAUGACCAUUGACCCCAUUGUGCGGCCCUAUGUCCUGAUGGAUGAGAAUGGCCAAGUGCAGCUCCCAGAUGCCGCCAUGAUCCGCAAGUACCAGAUUGUCAUCACCACGGUAGCCAUGUCAGGCUACCUGGGGCAGAUUGACCUACAGGGCCACUUCACCCACAUCUUGGUGGAUGAAGCUGGGCAGACAUUGGAGACUGAAGUGCUUCUGCCUUUGUCCUUGGCAACAUCAAAUACAUGUGUUGUUCUGGCUGGAGAUCACAUACAGAUGAGUCCCAAGGUGUUCUCUGAGACAGCUCGUGCUGCCAGGUUCAACCGGUCUCUACUAGAGCGGCUGUUCAGGCUGAACGUCACCAAUGCUUUCCUCACCUACAACUACCGCACCUGUGAGGCAAUCCUCAAGUUCAUCGCUGAGACCUACUACCACGAGCAGUUCAAGGCCCUUGGCAACCACCCACUUCAUCCAGAGUUCUAUCCACUGACGUUCUGCGCUGUGAAGGGAGAAGACCAGCAUGUUGGAAUGUCCUAUGUUAACAAUCAUGAGGUUCUUGAGAUAGUUUUCCGAGCAGAGGAGCUUUGUCGCAAGUGGCCUGAGAAAUGGGGAAAGUUUAACAAGAACAGCAUCGGGAUCAUUUCGCCGUACUCCAUGCAGGUGCGUCAGAUACGUUUUGAAAUGCGUCGCCGAGGUCUGGGAGACAUUGAUGUAGAAACGGUGGAGAAUGUACAAGGAAAGCAGUUCCGGGCUCUCCUGAUCAGUACUGUCCGCACUCGCAGCACCUUGAAGCGAACUCACCUAACGGUUGCCUCACAAGCUGGUGCAGCCAACCAGCAAGAUGAAGAGUUCUACUAUGGAUUCCUGUCUGACCACAAGCUUCUCAAUACUGCCCUGACCCGGGCCCAGUCCCUUGUCCUUGUGGCUGGCGAUCCAAUAACUCUCUGCUCUGAAGGGCAGUGCUCCACAACCUGGAAGGCCUUCCUCAAAGAGUGCGAGAGAAACAACAGCCUGCAGGGCACGUCAAUGGAGGAAAUUCGUCAAGAAGUAGAAGCUGCCAAGCAGCGUCUGAAUCCCUUUGCCAAGAUCUUCCAUCCAGCAGCAUCCAAGAACCAAACAUCUCAAGCAAGCCAGCAGAAGGUCUUAGGGAGUAGGCAAGAGGCAGGCCUCAUCAAGAUGCCAGUGGGACAAAAUCCAUGGAAGAUUCUGCCCAAGGAGCCUAGUGCUGCUAUUACACCUGGAUGGAACACAGCAGUUCCAGGAGUAGCAAGGCAGACCAGUGAGGAGUUUCCAGCACUGAGAUCAUCCAGUGUAGGGAACGUGCCUGGUAGACAAGACGAACUAGCCGACCAAGCCAAUGAAAGCUCUUCGUCAGCAGAUGAUGAGGAAGACGUUGAUCUGGAAGAUGCAAUCCUCCGAGAGUUGCAGAGACAGGUGCGGGAAGAUCGAGGAGAGUUGGAGACAGCUGAUCAAGAUGCAGGCUCAGAUCAUGAGGAGGCCAUUUCAUCUGAGAAUGAAACUGACCUCCAGGAGGAUCUGCAGAUUUACACAGGACAGUUGGCAGCACAAAGGCCACCGGAAGCCAGGCCUCCCACGGAUAAAGAUGCCUUGAUUGCCAGUCAUUUGUCUGAUGGCUCCAUCAAACGCAAGAACCUCACCAGCAAAAUAAAUGCAGCGAGGAAACUGCGUAAUGUCCGCAUGGUUGAAAAGCAAGGGCACCUCCUCCUAAUUGAAGAUAAAGUGGACCGAUCUCGUCUUGUGGGAGCCGACACUUUUGAAGAAUACGAUUCUGAUGAAGAUGUAGAAGAGGAUGUCUUGGAUGAGAAUGUGCAGCAAGAGAGUCUAGAGCAUGUGCACAAGGAGCCAGAGCGCUACAAAAUCUGCUCUUUUCGUUUUGAUUUUAGUGGCCACACCUACGCCCUACCAAAGGACGAAGACUCCUCACUAAAGAUCUUGAUCACCAGCAAAAGGAAACGAGGAAAAGCUCUAAACCUGGAUGAAGUUGUUGUUGAAAUCCUUGAAGAUGUAGAUGAGCUGGAGAUUGCUUCGGGAUAUGAUGCUCAAGCUGAUGCCACAGAAAAGAAGAUCUAUGGAAAGGUCCUGUGCAUCCUAAAGCGUGCAGUCAACCCUUACCUUAAAAAAAUUGUGUGCACCAUUGAUAAGUUUACAGACAACUUGAUGGUUCCAAUUGACAGAACAUUCCCCAAAAUCUUUGCCUACUCUCGCAAAGAUGAUGGCCAGAAACAGAAGACGAAGUCCAAGAAAAGCCAAGCUUCAGAUUUCUCCAAAGUGUCUAUCUACAACAUUUGCAGGGGAACUGACCAGGGCUUUCAGUUCCAGAGAAACGUUGAAGUAUCUCGCAAAGACCGCCCAAACAAGCUGUUUGUGGUUCAGUAUCUGAAGUGGCAUGCAAGGACUCCCUAUCCUGUGGGCAUCAUCACUGAAGAGCUACCCCACGGAGAUACCAAGGAAAAUGGCCUCCGCAUCCUGAAGCUUGUUCAUGGCAUCCGUGAUAAGUGGAAACAAGCUAUACUGGACGAGAUGACAGAUGCUUUUCCAGAGGACUGGAAGAUUCCUAAGGAAGAGAUCGAGUGUCGGUAUGAUGCCAGGAGCCGAGUUGUCUUCACCAUUGAUCCUCCAGAGUCACAAGACCUUGAUGAUGCCCUGAGUGUUGAUGCAGUGGAAGAGAACUAUUUCAUUGGCAUUCACAUUGCUGAUGUCAGUUACUUUGUCAAGAAGGAUUCAGAUCUGGAUAAAGAAGCUCAAGAAAGAGCAACAUCCUUCUAUCCCAGCUUUGCCAAACCAAUCAACAUGCUGCCUGCUCAGUUGAGCAACAGGUUGUGCAGUUUACUGCCUGAAGAAGACAGGUUGACCGUCUCAGUCUUUGUUACCUUAGAUGAAAAUGGACAAGUAGUUGGUGAUGUCAAGAUCGUGCGGUCUGUGAUUCGAUCACGCAUCCAGCUCACAUAUGAUGCUGCUGAGAAGAUCAUCAAGAUGACCAAUGAUGAGACUGAACGUAACAGCAAUGCCACCAUCCAGGAGAAGAUCAUGACACUAAACAAGCUGGCCAAAGAACGCAGGAGAAUCCGUCUAGGAGCUGGGCGUUUUGCCUUCUCUCAUGAUGCAGAAGAGGAGGAAGCACUGCAUCCACUGGCACAUUCUCUUGUUGAAGAAAUGAUGUGUCUUGCCAAUGAAGCUGUAGCACGCUUCCUGAUGAUGAAAUAUCCAGAUUGUGCUCCACUGAGAAGGCAGUUACCUCCCAGUAGAGAUGAAGUAAGUAAAUGGUGGGGCAAACAUGGGAAAGAUAUCCUAAACAGUGUUGAUUUGCAGUCACGACCUGACCUUGAGGAGUUUGAAGCAGAGGAAUGGAAUGAUGUCCAUGUUCUCAGAGAGACUUGGGACAAGAUGAAAGUUGCUGUUGAAGAUGAAGAGCAGAGUGACAUGCUGAAGAUCACAGACAUCAUCUGCAGCGAUGAGAACCAUCCUCAACUGGCUGUUGCUCGGUCCAGCUUCUUCCGUAUCCAGGAGCGGUCAACUUACAUCAGUUCUGGUGACCAUUCAAACCAACUUGCAAAGAGGCAUCACACACUGAAAAUGCCAUCCUACACGCAUUUCACAUCUCCAAUCCGUCGCUUCUUUGACCUAGUCGUACACCGUAUGUUGACUGCUGCGUUGGAGCACAUCCAGGCCCAAAAUGGGGAAGGCCCAUUAGUAGCACCCUACACACCAGCUGAGUUGGGUAAAAUCUGCCAUCACUGCACCAAUCAAGCCAUCAAUUGCAAGAAUUUUGACACAAAGACACGCGCCUUCCUUCUUGCCCUGAAACUCAAAGAGGCCCCGCAACCAAGUCUUGCAUUUGUGGAUAACACAAUGAACACAGGCGUGGGGUUGCUCUUUCCUUACCGUCGCUUCAUUCCAUCGAAGUCACACAACAUUCCUCUGCGGCUCCUGAAACCCAUUCAGAAGCCACUGAUGGAAGAAGAUGCCAGCUUGGAGUUGGUGUGGAAGCACCGCAUCUAUGACAUCAGUGGAUCCCCAAGCCCAGUUCUUAUUCAGCCGCACUCUGUGUUCAUGCUUGAUACCAGGAAAUUCAUCGUUCAGAUCUCUGCAAAUCAGUGGCAGGAGAUCUUAACAGGCAUCAAGACGGAGGACAUCUAUCAGAUCAGGAAUGCAGUCUUGGUUGCAACAGAUGAACAACAGCGCAGGGAACAAGAUGAGGAAGCAAGACGGAAACAAAAGCACGAUCCCAGUGUUCCGUACAGCUUGCCUAUCCAUGAGGUGACCUGUGAAGGGGUAGAUGCCAGCAAGCCUUCUCUCUUCAUCAACUUCAAGCGCACCUUUGAUCGGGGUGAUGUAAUUAAAGUCCAGCUCCACGCCUGCAGCCAGAUGGGUUUGCUGACACCAACAGUCCAGCUUUUUGGUCUCACUCCAAAGUUUCAUCUCUGCACAGAGCACCGUAACCAACCAAUAACCAGCUUUGCUGAAGUCGCAAAGUACCGCCCUGUGGGUAUAAAGAAUAUCAGCACUUACAAGAAAGUGUGGCUGCCUAUCAUUGAAAUGCUGACGGCUUACAAUGCUGUCCAGAGCGAUGAGACUGUCCUCAUUCACAGUGUGAAGAUCCGCUGGGAUCGCCUAUUUAACCAAGAGACCAACAAUUACAACUACACUGGUUUCUUUGCCAUGCGUGAGGAGUUCUGCGAUGACCGCCACUUCAGGUUCAAUCACCCUCCCAAGAUCAACAAGAAUGAGAAGGCAGAUGGUAGCGAUGAUCCCGAGGCACAUCUUGAUUAUCUUUGCAUCCGCUACAGUGGCCUUAAGGUUACCCAAGAGACCCAGCUUCGUCUCCGAGAUAUGGGUUGCAAACCGGGCACCAUGCGGCCUACAGCGAAUGUCCAUCCUGGCAAGAUGACGUUUGUGGUGCAUGCUGCUACCAUUGAUGUCACCAAAGACAAGGGGAUGAUACUUGUCCAAGUGGGUGUGACACAGUAUUCCUCCCCAUUUCCUGAGGUCCUGCUGUCAUCGGAUCCGCCGCCAUGCACUGUGGAAUUGGUGCCAAAAACACAACCAGACAGGCGGCUUGAGGAUGCUGUGAGGAGGCUGGACAGUGACCGAGUGUCACCUCUCAUCCGAGACAUCUGUCUAGUGCAGAAGCCCAGAACCAACCAAGAUGACACCUUCAGUAAGUUGUUGCCAGCCCUGUCGCAGAAGAUCCGCUCAUUUGAGAUUGUAAACUCACCCUUUGACAAGCCCAAUGCCUCUCAGAAUACAGCACUGCGCCAGGCUGUGUCACAGCCGUUUACUGUCAUCCAAGGACCACCAGGCACAGGAAAGACCAUCACUGGUGCCCACCUUGCACACUUUUUCACUGUCAUGAACAGGGGAUUGCCACCAUCAGGCAAGGGACCACCUCAGGUUCUCUACUGUGGCCCAUCCAACAAGUCUGUUGAUGUCAUAUCAACUUACCUUCUGAAGCUGGGUGCCAAAGUGGUACGUGUCUAUAGCGAGACAAUAGAGAGGAAUGACUUCCCCAUCCCUGGGGAGCCAGGAACCACCCGCAAGAUGGACAGCAACAGAGAUGCCUCCAUGGACCCCUGGCUCUCACAGAUUUCCCUGCAUCACCUCAUCCGGCAGCCAGGCAACACUCGCCACCAGAAUAUCCUCAAAUGGGAGAAAAUGUUCCACACGCAAGGUUACGUACUCAAGGCCAGCCAUACCAAGGCCUACAGGCAUGACAUCUCAAAAGCGGAGGAGGAGGAACUGAAAAAGUACCAGAUCAUUCUCUGCACGUGCAACGCAGCGGGCAGUAAGCGUAUCAAGCAGUUCACUAACGUUGUGCAGUGCAUCAUUGAUGAGGCCGGCAUGUGCAAUGAACCGGAAACACUUAUACCGCUAGUCAGCACUAACCCCUGCCAGGUGGUCCUGAUCGGAGAUCAUAAACAGCUCAGGCCUAUCAUUCAAGAGAAGACAGCUCAGCUACUGGGUAUGGAGAUAUCACUUCUUGAGAAGUAUGAGAAGAAGGCCCAGAUGUUGACCAUGCAGUACAGAAUGCACGAGGCCAUCUGCGAAUUUCCCUCUCAGGCUUUCUACGAGGGCAAGUUGGAAACGGCAGACAUCGUCAAGCAGAGGAUACCUGACCAGCAGGUGCAGGACAUCUGGCCCGGCAGUAGGGCCUACCCUGUGGUCUUCUGCCACCUGUAUGGCAAGGAGGAAACGCUGACGGUCAAGACGGCCGAGGGCAACGAACAGUCUAAGUCCAACCCACAGGAGGUCAAGCAAGUGGUGCGCAUGGCCAUUACUUUGGUGAAACGACUCCAAGUGAAGCCUGAGAAGAUUGUCAUACUGUCACAGUACCGUCUCCAAUGUGCAGAGAUUGAAGAUGCCUUGAAGAGGGAGAAGAUAAAGGGUCUAGCAGUCAGGACGGUCAUCACCAGUCAAGGAAGCGAGUGGGACUAUGUGAUCAUGUCCACAGUGCGCUCCUUGUCCAGGAUUGAGAUCAAGGAGAAGCCCAGCGUUGGCUGGAAACAGAAGAACUUAGGCUUCAUCAUUGAUGAGAACCAGAUGAAUGUCGCCCUCACUCGAGCCAGACGGGGCCUCAUCAUUGUCGGCAACCAGUACCUUCUUCAGACUCAUGAGAAGUGGAAAGAGUUGAUUGACACUUGCCGCCAACAUCAGGCAGUGGUGGAUGCCCGUAGCUUCCUUGGUCCUCGCUAACCACUCAAAGUGGCCAUUUUCAAGAACACGGCGCCAGAAGUCAGGAUAUUGUCUCUUGAUUUUCUCCCCAUAGCUUUGAGUAGUUUUUCAUUUCAUUCUAUUUUAUGUUCACUAAUGAUACAUUUCACUGACUGUCAACUGUAUGACUCAAGAUGCAGCACUUGAACAGAUGUAUUCUACUCAGUCUCAUCAAUUUUAAAGUUAUUUAGUAGGGUAGGAUUUUGUCAAAAAAACAAGAGAUGAUAAUUUACUAGCAGAGGAAAAGAUUCUUGAAAUGCAAAUAUAACUUAGUCUGUAUUUAUAUCCGUACGUUGGAACUAACGUUCUAAAACCUGUUUGUGUGUUGUCUGAAUGCAGUGCAUUAUUGGUGUUGGAGAUAAGAUUAAACAUACUUGAUCAAAAUCAAGUAGAAGAAACAGACAACUUUAAGGAGAAUGUAUUUAUGAAAGAUAAAUUAAACAGACUACCUAGGUUUAGGGAUUGUUUUAAUAAUUGGCGAGUUUUAUGAUUACGAUUACGAUACACAUUGGUUCCAAAUUGUAGUAGUUUGUGCAAGAUUUAAGUUGCCUUAUUCUUUGCUGAGAGUAUGUUUUGUCACUAGAUAGAGGGAAAUACUGCUGUUAAUAGGUUGAGUUUGAUCAUACAACUAAUUACCAAGAAAAAAACAACUCAAAACAUUUACUCACAUUCCAAUAACUUUAAGUCAAUUUCCUAAGCCGAGGGCUGUUUUUCUUUUUUUAAAAAAAAACAUCAUUAUUUUUUAAUCACAGUUCCCCGAGAUUUGUUAGAACAUGGUAGAAUUUUUAGACUAUGGUAGCCUUCACUGCAUGCAGAUAUGACAACUGUUGACUGUUUGUAUAUAUUCAUUCCAUGCAAAGGGGAUCAUUACAUGCUGCAUCAAAACAUGGCCAUGAUGGUGUGCACUUUGCUUAAUUUCAACAACUUAUUCUACAAUGUCAAUUACAAUCAAUGUAGUCUUUUUAAAUGGGAUGUAUGAAAGACCAAAGCCUUGCACUGAUUGGUCAGUUCAGUGUUGUGUGAAAUAUAAAGGGAUUGGGGGUACACCUUUUUUGCCUGAAUAGUUUUGAAGGAAAANCUUUAAUUUGGCGCAGAUGAAAAUAUCUUAAAAUCGCGAUUAGUUGCCGUAGACACAAGGUGGGUUAUGAAAUAGCUCAUCUUGAAUAAUGUGAUACUUUUGGUAAGGAAUAUAUUUUUUUUUGUAAUGGUAAUAAAGCAUAUUUUCUAUUGUACACAGGUUAUUUAGUGUAAAUUAAUAAAUCAUUGUCAUGUAGUUAACUCAAAAUUGAGCCAAUA